UGCCCCGAGACCCGAACAUGGCGGCCACCUGGUGCCUGCGCUGGGGGCUGAGCCGAGCCGGAGCUCGGCUGCUCCCGCCACCUGCGCGGUGCCCUCGCCGGGCUCUGCACAAGCAAGUAGACGACACCGAGUUCAAGAGCAUCUACAGCCUGGACAAGGUCUACCCUGAAUCCCGGGGCUUGGAAACCGCCUGGAGGCUUCCGGUGAGCCAGGAAUGGCAGGACGGAGAGGGCGUUUCAGUCCUGCUGCCGGUUUGUACAUUUUGCCAUGGAAUAAUCCACUUUGUGUGUGUUUUCUUCUUUCGUACAGAUCGCUUGACAGUUUCUUAUUGUCGGAGUAGUGGUCCUGGGGGGCAGAAUGUUAACAAAGUGAAUUCCAAGGCUGAAGUCCGGUUCCAUUUGGCAUCCGCUGACUGGAUUGCAGAGCCGGUGAGGCAGAGGAUUGCCAUCACGCAUAAAAACAAGAUCAACAGGUCAGGAGAGUUGAUCCUCACCUCUGAAAGUAGCCGCUAUCAGUUCCGAAAUCUGGCAGAUUGCCUACAGAAAAUUCGAGACAUGAUUGCUGAUGCCAGCCAGACGCCCAAGGAGCCAUCCAAAGAAGAUACGAAACUUCAGAGAAUCAGGAUAGAAAACAUGAAUCGGGAAAGGCUGAGACAAAAGAGAAUUCAUUCUGCCAUAAAGACAAACAGGAGGGCAGACGUGGACUGAAGUCACCCUCUGCAGCUGGAAAGACCCUCUUCGGGCACUGGGCGGCUGCAGCUGAGAGGCCUCUAACACCAUGAGGAGAUUUCUUUUUUAUUUUUUUCUGUUAAUUCUUGUCUAUAACAUUGGAGCCAUCACAAGAAUGUUUAGUAGAAAUGAGGGCUGCAGCACUGGUUGCAGAAGUCUUUGUAGGCAACCACCAUGUUGUCAGACCUUCGUUAUUCAUCUAAUGUAUUCGUGACAAUAAAUUCUAAACUCUGUAGGCUUC